AUGGCGGAGGGUUCAGUGUAUGACGUAAUAGUGGUAGGGGCUGGGAUAAUGGGAUCGUUUACAGCCUACAACAUCCGGAGGACGGGAAAGUCAACUCUUCUGCUGGAACAGUUUCCACUACCUCACAGUCGUGGAAGUUCCCAUGGGCAGUCUAGGACCAUUCGGAGUGCAUAUGGAUCCCAAGAAUAUUAUACAAAGAUGAUGACAAAGGCGUUCCGAAUGUGGCGAGAACUCGAAGACCAGUCCUGUCAGAUACUAUUUAGGCAGACCGGGUUAUUGUGUAUUGGACAAAAAGGGGUCAACUACCUUGAUGAUACAGCAGACUGCCUUCAAAGACAUAAAACUCCGUUCAGGAGAUUGAAUGACGCAGAACUACGGGAAACAUACCCGAUGUUGUCCUACCCGCCGGAAAUAGGUGGCGCUGUCAUUGACUACAGUGGGGGACUGUUGUUGUCUGGCAGAGCUCUUGCCGCUGUGCAGAACCAAUACCGGAAGUUAGGGGGUCUGAUUCAUGAUGGAGAGAAAAUGGUGGAGGUCAUUCCAGGAGAGGUAAUCAUGGUAAAGACAGAGGCGGGACAAUACCGGGCGAAGGCUGUUGUGUUAUGUGUGGGGCCAUGGGCCAACAACGUAUUGACUAAACUGGGAAUAGCUGUUCCUCUACAGGCGCAGAAAAUAAGGGUGUGUUACUGGAAAGAGAAAACGCCCGGAACAUUCAGCUCACGACAAUUCCCCGUAUUUUCACAAAUCAAUGCUAUUGGUCCCCACCUUGUCUACGCGGUUCCAAGUGAGGAGUAUCCAGGCUUAGUGAAGGUAUGUUUGCAUUACGGCCCGUCUAUUGACCCAAACGUCCGAGAUAAGAUCGAUGAUAGUUGGGUGGUUGAGGCACUCCAGAAGUAUAUACUGGAACAUAUUCCGGGGCUGGAACCUUUUCCUGCGAUAACAGAGUCGUGUAUCUACACGAACACUCCUGACGAAGAUUUCAUACUAGACCAUCACCCCUCAUGGGAAAACAUUGUUAUAGGAGCUGGAUUCUCUGGGCAUGGAUUCAAGCUCGCGCCAGUGAUAGGAGACAUCCUAGCGAAAAUGGCAACUGGGCAGACUCCCGAACAAGAUAUAUCUUUCUUCAGGUUGAAUCGCUUCACAAAAUCACAUUUAUGA